UCUCCGGUGUUUUGGUCCAGUCCACCGAGAUCACGACAAUGACAGCGAGGAAGUCUGGCUCCCGCCUGGAGACGGAGAUCGAGCGGUGCCGCUCCGAGGGACAAUGGGACAAGAUCCCGGAGCUGGUGCGGCAGCUCUCGGCCAAGCUCAUAUCAAACGAUGACCUUGGGGAGCUGUUGCUGGGAGAAUGCAAGCUUCAGACGUACUUGAAGGAGAAUCCCAUCAAACAGGGAUCCAGUCCCCGGGGCCCACGACCAAAACUGGUGGAGGUCAGGAAACACCUCACUGCUGCUCUGGACAGAGGGAACCUCAAGGCCGACUACCUCCAGGAGGCUAGCGUGCUGAUGGCUAAACUCUGCUAUGUUGAAGGAGAAUACAGAGACGCUUUAGGUCACUACAGCAGAGUAUAUAUGGACGACAUGCAGCUGGGGGGAGCCCCUGUGUAUAGACUUUCCAUGAUAGCAGAGGCUUAUGCUACUAAAGGACUGUGUCUAGAGAAGGUCCCAGUUUCUUCUCCGUCUCUGUCCAACAAGAACACUGGCUCUCCAUCGUCUAAUAGGAGCACAACAGACAGAGACCAAGAAAUCAUCACAUGCUAUGAAAAGUCUGGAGACAUCGCUCUUCUGUACCUGCAGGAGGCUGAAAAGGCCUUGUCAGCAGGGAUUCAGAAUCGCAGCCCGAAACCCGGGCCGACGGCCCAGGACCAGGAGCUGGGCUACUUCCUGGAGACUGGCCUGCAGAGGGCCCACGUCAUCCACUUCAAGAAUGGCAACCUCACAAAAGGUGUUGGCCGGUUUCGAGAGAUUCUUCGGGCUGUUGAGACCAGAACCACACAGAACCUGCGCAUGACCAUAGCCAGACAGCUUGCAGAGAUCUUGCUCAGAGGAAUGUGUGAACAGAGUUACUGGUCCCCUCUGGAAGACCCGCCCACGGUGUCACCAUUGGACGAUCCAACGCGGCAAGGACACACUCACAGCAAGAACUACAACCUAAGCCGACGCCCACGAGUGUACUCGGGAGAGAAUUUGUUUUGCCCUCAGGAGAAUACAGAAGAAGCAUUGCUGCUGCUGCUCAUCAGUGAGUCCAUGGCUAACCGUGAUGCCGUCUUGAGCAGAAUUCCUGAACACAACAAUGAUCGUAUCAUCAGCCUACAGUCGGCGUCUGUGGUGUACGACCUGCUGACUAUAGCUCUGGGGAGGAGGGGGCAGUAUGAGAUGCUGUCAGAGUGUUUGGAGAGGGCCAUGAAGUUUGCCUUUGAAGAAUUCCAUUUGUGGUACCAGCUCGCCUUGUCACUAAUGGCAGCUGGCAAAUCUGCUCGUGCUGUUAAGGUCCUUAAGGAGUGCAUUCGUCUGAAGCCUGACGACCCCACCAUCCCUCUGCUGGCUGUCAAACUGUGUAUCGGAGCCCUGCACUGGCUGGAUGACGGUGAGUGCUUUGCUAAGAUGGUGAUAGACAUGGGGGACAAAGCGGCUGAGUUCAGAGCCAAAGGCUUCUUGGCCAUUGGGCUGGUUUACAGCCUUAAAGCCACUGAUGCCUCCUUACGAAGCAUGCAGGAGGACUACCAGAGGAAAGCUUUGGGUGCCUUCCAGAGAGCUCAGAGUCUGUCUCCAACUGACCACCUCGCAGCCUUCUACUUGGCACUGCAGCUUGCUGUGUCCAGACAGAUCCCAGAGGCACUGGGGUAUGUUCGACAGGCGCUGCAGCUUCAAGGGGAUGAUGUCCACUCCCUUCAUCUGCUGGCCCUGCUGCUCUCUGCUCAAAAACACUACCAUGACGGUCUCAAUAUUAUAGAGAUGGCCCUGUCCGAGUAUCCGGAGAACUUCAAUCUACUGUAUACCAAGGUGAAACUUGAGUCGAUGUGCAGAGGACCAGAGGAAGCUCUGCUCACCUGUAAACACAUGCUGCAAAUCUGGAAGAGCUUUUACAACCUUACCAACCCCAGUGAUUCAGGGCGCGGCAGCAGUUUGUUGGAUAGAGCCAUGGCAGACAGACGACAGCUCAACGCCAUGACUCUGCCUGACUUCAGUGACCCUGAGACUGGUUCGGUGCACGCUACUUCCAUAGCAGCAAGUCGUGUAGAGCAGGCUCUGUCUGAGGUGGCCUCCUCCCUGCAGAGCAGCGCCCACAAACAUGGACCACUCCACCCCUGGAUGACCCUGGCUCAGAUCUGGCUGCAUGCAGCCGAGGUGUACAUCAGCAUGUCGAAACCUGCCGAGGCCUCAGCGUGCACGCAGGAAGCCGCCAACCUCUUCCCCACAUCCCAUAAUGUGCUGUACACAAGGGGCCAGAUAGCCGAGCUGAGGGGCAACAUAGACGAGGCAAAACGCUGGUAUGAGGAGGCCCUGUCCAUCAACCCGACACACGUCAAGACCAUGCAGAGACUGGGUCUGAUUCUCCAACAGCUGCAGCGCUACAGUCUGUCUGAGAAAGUCCUGAGGGACGCUGUGCAGGUCAACAGUACGGCUCAUGAUGUGUGGAACAGUCUGGGUGAGGUGUUGCAGGCUCAGGGAAACGCUGCGGCUGCCACUGAGUGUUUCCUCACCGCCCUGGAGCUGGAGGCCAGCAGCCCCAUUCUGCCCUUCACCAUCAUACCCAGAGCACUAUGAGACACACGCAACUUACACACACACUUGCAUAAGGUGUUACUGCCAUACCCUCAGAGAUACACACACACACACAAACACACUGACAUACAACAUAGAAAUGCAAAUAAUACAUAUGGACAUUCAUACAUGCUUCUCCCUACCCACCCUUCCCAUAAUGCCUUGCUGUGGCUGUGACUCUUGUGUGUGGGAGUAAGUCUGUGCCGAUACAUUGCUCGUUUAUGUCAGUCUGCACUUUUUGUGUGCCUGUUUGUGUCUGUGCAUGUACACCCAUGUUUGUGUAUGUGCGGCCACAUGACGUCUGUGCAUAUUCUGUGCGUGUGUUUGUUUUAUGUCCUGUUCACAGAUGUAAAUAAGUUCCAAUUAGAUUCGUUACUGUGACAUUGUCAGCAUUCGCAAACCUUAAAGUUUACAUUUUGUUUACAUGUUAUUAAGUACCAAAACAAACACACACACUCACACACACAAUUUCAUGAUCCUUUCACACACUGAGGGAAGAUCUAGAAAAUUUACAAAAAUUGCUUAUGGGCAGUUAAAUAGUUUUAUUAAUGUAAUCCUUUAUAGGCCAAAUCUACUUGUUGACUCAAAAACACACACACAUUCACCUCUGGCUGGAGAGAAUUGUUACUGUAGGACUGACUCACAACAGCAGAGACCCACAUGAUCACGGAAGAAGCCAUCAAUCAAAUUGAAAUGCCAAAAGAAGGGCUGCAUUUACAUGCACACACAAUCAAGAUUCGAUUUUUAACAGCAAAUGCUCAAGUAAUCGCCAGUUUCAACUGAAUCACAUGUAAUCGUAUGUGUAAACUGUAUUUACACUAGUAUCAUGGGAGGUUUCCCUAUGGGAAUCACUGACAUUGAAGGAGUAGACGUGCACAAGUUUUCACUUCCUGACUGAGUGUAAGGUGAUAACACAAAAAUAUGUGACUGCAGUAAAAAGGAAGCUAGAGCCUAUGUUAGCAUAAAGGCUUUCUCCACUUGGUAAACAAUAAAAUGCACUCCCCAGUUUCUCUACAGGUCACUAAUUAACAUGUUCUAUGUUGUGUAAUCCGUACAGAAACAUGUUUAAAUAACAACACACAGAUUGUGCGACUGUUGCAUCUCCUACCUUUGUCUUCCGCUGCAUUUUCUCUGUCUACUUUUUCACUGAAUAACAGUGGAAAACAUCAUUAAUGAACUGUAAAGAUGAUGGUAGAUACAUGUUGCUCAUCUAGGGUAAUCGACGCUAAACCAAUAAGCUCCUAGCGUUAUAAUUAGUCAACAGACAUGUAAGUGUUCGUCUCAAGAGCAACGAGAUCGAUUUCUCAAAAUGUCUAUUGUUUUAAAAUCAUCUAUUGCUGUAGAGUGAUUCCAUUUCCACAUGAAUAAAGGUUUUUAAUGAUCGCAA